UAAAGGAAAGAGAGUAACAGCACGUGAAAGAACAUAGAGUAGACUGUAUAAAAACAGGAAAACACCCGUUAAAUCUCGUCUGAUAACACAACACAUCCGCUCCGCGUCCCCGUACCUGGUUUUCGUCACUGAAGUCGGAGCGCACUCGGAUUGGCUGGAGCUCCGGCGGCUCGCGCGGGGUUCGCGCGCCUCUCCAACUGUCCUUCAGAAGGCGGGGAGCGCGCGCGGGAGGAACUUCACUGACAGACGGCCUUCCUUGAACAUGAACUUACCUCAGGAGCGCUGAUUUACCUGCUUACACCUCAGCCACGGCGUUUCGCGAAGCCUUGAGAGAAAAACCUCUCUGAAGAGGAUAUUUAAUCCUAAACAUUUGGUGCUUGACGCGCGCUGUCAGUCAGAAGAGCGCGCUGAGGUAACGUAAAAACCAACGGAUUUCAUUCCGCCGCCACGGGCUUCGACUCCGGGUUCAUUAUAAACAACAUCUCCAGAGGUUCCUCUGAUUGUUAUUUCACCUGAUCGACGGAUUUCUGUCUGGUUUCGACUGUUUGGAUGAUGGGAAGAAGUCAAAAGACUGCGAGAGGAGACCGAGGCGGAUCGGGAUUCUUAACGCAGAUGAUCACGGUGUUCGUUUUUACUCUUUCAACGCUCGUCAGCACCGGAGCGGCUCAAGAUGACGACUAUCUGGGAUUGGGUGAACUCCCGGAGACGUUCCCCUCGGAUCCGCCCGAGCCGCUUCCGCACUUCCUGAUGGAGCCGGAGGAGGCGUACAUCGUCAAGAACAAGCCUGUUAACCUUUACUGCAAAGCCACGCCGGCCACGCAGAUCUACUUCAAGUGCAACAGUGAGUGGGUCCAUCAGAAGGAGCACACGGUGGAGGAGCGCGUGGACGAGACCUUGGGUCUGGUGGUGCGCGAGGCCAGUAUCGAGAUCACCCGUCAGCAGGUGGAGGAGAUCUUCGGUCUGGAGGAUUUCUGGUGUCAGUGUGUGGCCUGGAGCUCGGCGGGAACCACCAAGAGCCGUAAAGCCCACGUCCGGAUCGCCUAUCUCAGGAAAACAUUCGACCAGGAGCCUCUGGGAAAGGAAGUGUCGCUCGAACAGGAAGUGCUUCUCCAGUGCCGCCCGCCAGAAGGAAUACCUGCUGCUGAGGUGGAGUGGCUGAAGAACGAGGAGAUCAUCGACCCCGCAGACGACAGGAACUUCUACAUCACCAUCGACCACAACCUGAUCAUCAAACAAGCGCGUCUGUCCGACACCGCCAACUACACCUGCGUCGCCAAGAACAUCGUGGCCAAACGCCGCAGCACCACGGCCACCGUCAUCGUCUACGUGAACGGAGGCUGGUCGACGUGGACGGAGUGGUCAGUGUGCAGCAGUCGCUGUGGGCGGGGCUAUCAGAAGAGGACACGCAGCUGCACCAAUCCCACGCCUCUGAACGGAGGAGCCAUCUGUGAGGGUCAAGCCAUCCAGAAACUGGCCUGCAACCCGCUGUGUCCAGUGGACGGUCUGUGGACGGAGUGGAGCAAGUGGUCGACGUGUGGGACAGAGUGCACUCACUGGAGACGGCGCGAGUGCAGCGCUCCGGCUCCCAAAAACGGAGGCAAGGACUGCGAGGGAAUGGUGCUGCAGUCCAAGAACUGUACGGAUGGGCUCUGUAUGCAGAGUUCCUUAUAUCAGAAGUCCUCCGAACACACAGACCAGAGCAAUGCUCUUCCUCAUCCAUCGGCCCCCAGCACUGAUGAUGUGGCUCUGUACGUGGGCAUCGUCAUCGCCGUCAUCAUGUGUUUGGUCAUCUCCGUCAUCGUGGCGCUGCUCGUCUACAGGAAGAACCACCGAGACUUCGACUCGGACAUCAUGGACUCGUCGGCGCUCAACGGAGGCUUCCAGCCGGUCAACAUCAAGACGGCGCGCACAGCGGAUCUCCUCACGGCUCCUCCGGACCUGACCUCGGCUGCUGCCAUGUACAGAGGACCUGUCUACGCCCUCCACGACGUCUCUGAUAAGAUCCCCAUGACCAACUCUCCCCUGCUGGAGCCGCUGCCCAACCUGAAGAUCAAGGUGUACAACUCGUCCGGUCUGGUGACGCCGCAGGAGGACCUGUGUGACCUCUCUCCCAAACUGGACAGUGACACGGUCAGCCGCCGCGCACACACACUCCUGCGCUCCUGGGACCCCUCCUGCACCGCCUUCGGCUCCUUCAACGCCCUCGGGGGCCAUCUGAUCGUGCCCAACUCAGGCGUGAGCUUGUUGGUGCCGGCGGGGGCCAUCCCUCAGGGCCGUGUCUAUGAGAUGUACGUGACGGUUCACAGGAAGGAGAGCAUGAGGCCGCAGGUGGACGACACACAGGAGACGGUCCUGAGUCCGGUGGUCAGCUGUGGUCCUCCUGGGGCUCUCCUGACCCGACCCGUCAUCAUCACCAUGCACCACUGCGCCGAGGCACACAGCGAGGACUGGCUCAUCCAGCUCAGGAGCCAAUCACAGCAGGGCCAGUGGGAGGACGUGGUGGUGGUGGGCGAGGAGAACUUCACCACUCCCUGCUACAUCCAGAUGGAGGAGGAAGCGUGUCACAUCCUGACGGAGACGCUGGGCACGUACUGUCUGGUGGGUCAGUCGGUCAGCGCCGCCGCCGCUAAGAGACUGAAGCUGGCCAUCUUCGGUCCGGUCAGCUGCACCGUCCUGGAGUACAACAUCAGAGUCUACUGUCUGGACGACACGCAGGACGCGCUCAAGGAGGUGCUUCAGAUAGAGAAGCAGAUGGGAGGGAAGCUGCUGGAUGAACCCAAGUCUCUGAACUUCAAGGACAGCACACACAACCUGCGUCUGUCUCUGCACGACGUCCCACACACUCUCUGGAAGAGCAAACUCAUUGCUAAAUACCAGGAGCUGGCGUUCCAGCAGGUGUGGAGCGGCUCUCAGAGGAACCUGCACUGUGUCUUCACUCUGGAGCGCUUCAGCUCCUCCACACUGGAGCUCUGCUGCAAGCUGUGUGUGCGACAGGUGGAGGGAGAAGGGCAGAUCUUCCAGCUCAGCAGCACACUCUCUGAGGUCAUCACCACACAAACACAAGUCUGCUUUAUUUAUACACUGCUUUCAACAACACAGGUUGUGUCAAAGCAACUGUACAGCAUUAAGUAGAAUAGUGUGUCAAUAAUGUCAGUUUUAGGUUCAAGGCAGUUCAUCAUUGAAUUCAGUGAUGUCAUCAUCCAGCUCAGUUCAGUUUAAAUAGUGUCUGUGCAAAGUUGACCAUAUCACUGGAAAUUAAAUGUCCCCAAAUAAGCAAGCCAGAGGAACCCAAAGUGUGUGUGUGUGUG